AUGGACCAAAGAGAACAAAGAAGAAUGAUAUCAAACAGAGAAUCAGCAAAGAGGUCAAGAAUGAAGAAGCAAAAGCACUUGAACGAUCUCAUGACUCAGCUGAGUCAACUCAGGAGCGAGAACAACCGAGUUGUGUCCAGUAUUGGUAUGAUCACUCAGCAUUAUGUGAGUUUGGAGGCUGAGAACUCGGUGCUGGCCGCUCGGGUGACCGAGCUCGGUCACCGGUUACGGUCACUCAACGAGAUCAUCGAGUUUAUGAAACAACAAGUAGUUGAUACUGGAAGUUGGUUUCCUGAUGAACAUUAUGGAGGGAGUGGUGCCGAUUUGAUUGACUCAGUGAGUUAUGUUUACUCUUGCCAACCUAUAAUGACUUCUAUUGACAUGAAUAUUAUGUAG